UUCUUCUUGUAGGUGUGGAUCGCCUGGAACACUCUCUGUGCUCGUGCUGGUGCCAAGGUUGGGCUGAAAUAUACAUUCGUAGGCCUACAGGUGAUGUGUCUUGGACAAUGCGGCUACAGAAUGACCCACAUUCGCAGGAGCUGCUUCCACUCAGUGACAUUAACUCGUUGUUCAUACCAACUUCGACAGCUCGCAAUUCUGUCUUGUCUGACAGUGAGGGUGAGGCAAAAGCUCCAGUUUCUAGCGUAACUGAACGGGUUGUAUCAGACCCUGUCAGCAUACCCGGCUCUCCAGUGCGGCCCAGUCCGUCGCGCCACAGCAGCCGCGACAGUGUGGACACGCUGGGAGACGACGACCUGGAUACCGGAAGCGGCAGAUCCAGGAACCCUGUCAGAAGGUCUAACUCCAGCCCAGAAAUGAGUGCUAGCUGGAAGAACCCCUUUAUGUCCAGCGGAACUCAGGGCACUGAGGAAUCGAGCAGUAACCGAGAUCAGGCCUCUGCCAGCAGUGAGAGCAAGAAAAAACAAAACUACACAAAAGAUCUUAGAGUAAAUUGUGAAGCCAUACCUGAGGAGAUGGGGACAACCCCGCCUACUGCUGAUUUGACUUUGCCAGUUCCCCCCACUCCAAGCCCAGCCCCCACUCCAGCUACUCUCUCCCCUCCCCCUGCUGCUGGUUCUGACCGCAAGAUGUCGGCUCCUGCUGCAGUGACAGAAUGGCCUUCAUCUGAUAAACAGAAGAGUGAGUCAGGCAGUCCCAGCAUCAAAAUUGGGGAAGUGCAGUUUCCCACUGAUCCUGGGAAAGCGGGGAAGGAAAAACCAAGAGAGGAGGAGAGGGGAGGAACAGGCAAGUCUGUGACCCCCUCCCCUUCACCCUCUCCUCUCCUAACUACAAAGCCUCCACUCUCCCCUCCAGCUUCACAACUGUCUCCAAGACUUCAGCCCAAACUGCUUAAGGUGGAAGGCGAGGGGCGACCGGAUCCCGCAAGUUUACCUCCACUCGCGUUCAAGCGUGACAGGGGUCACACGAUCUCCGUCAUGAGUCCUGUACGCAAGCCGCAGGUUGACUUGAUCAAGAACCGUAGUCCACGUAACAAAGAACUCUUGCGUUCGGGACUCAGUCCAUGCUUUGUGUUCCUGCAGUUGUUUCACCAAAGUGCUUUCGGUGACACAGCCCAUAAGCCUCUACCUGUCUCACUACCCAACCAAACCGUUAACCAGAUGGUGCAGCGAGCCGUUAAAAACCUGGACAGAAUCCCACCCUACGAGACUCAUAAGGUCGGAGUAAUCUACGUAGGUCCUGGUCAGGCUAACAACGAAGUUGAGAUCUUGCGUAACCCUUGUGGUUCUGUUCGAUACACUGAGUUCCUUCAGGUAAAGUGUUGAAGUUUUGACACAAUUGUUGCAGGUCGGAGUUAUCUACGUAGGUCCUGGUCAGGCUAACAACGAAGUUGAG